CGCACUUCGUCAUGCGUUUCGCGCAGAGAUGGCUGGCCAUCCUCGGGGGCUGUCUCCUUACUCUGGUAAGGUCGGAAUCGCCAAUCGAUCCCUGCCAGAACUUCUAUAAAUACGCCUGCGGCAACUGGUCGGCCAUUCACGCCGAAGAUCCGUACUCAAGCUUAGUGGAACAGUUGGACUACAGUUACCAUGAGAAGUUGGCCGAGUUGCUGGAAAAUGAAGAGCAGCACGAUGGGCCCCGCUUCCAGCAGCUGCUCAGGGACUUCUACACCUCCUGCCGGCGACCCCUGACUAAGGAUCAGGUGCUGGGAUUCCUGGAAAAUCUGAUCGAAAUGCCAAGCCUCGGAGAGGACGAACUGACCGUGGGCCUCACUGCCGCCUUCCGUCCAGGGGCUUUGUUGGAUACAUCGAGUUUCGAUCUGGAAAAAAUAUGGCAGGAGCUACUGUUCCGCACAGAAGAUUGGAACCCAAAUGAAACGAACACAGAGCCCCUGACUCGCCAAAAGUUUGAUCUUUUGUGGGCAGGCAGGCUAGAAGGAGCCGAUUUAAAAAAGGAGCUCGUUUGGGACGAGUUGAGCUGGCUGGAAUCCCAAAUGAUGAACACUUCAUCGUACGAAGCCUCUGACGGAGCCCCAGUGUUUUGGAUGCUGCCCUGGCCGGAAUUCAGGCCCGACUACAGGCAAUUGGCUCGUUUGCUGGCCAACAAGUCCAAGCGAUUUAUGCUUACCUAUAUCUACCUGAGACUAAAGCUGGUCCAAGGACUUGGCGAGUCUUGGCGCAUAGGACGCGCCGAGUGUGCCGACCACGCCAGACAUAUCCUGACCCACCCUUCGGUUUGGUUGAUGGAAAGGCACCAUCCCAGACUCAAGGAGGAGAGCGUUAUGCAGGACAUCUUCCAGGAACUCAAGCACCGUUUCGGCCAAAGACUCCGGGCCAAUAGGAAUAACUUCUCCAAGCACACGCAGCAGUUUCUACUCUCGAAGCUGGACAGAAUGACGCUGCGUCUGAGUGUCCUUCCCAGGCGCUGUUCGGAAAGGACCUUGGCGCAGCGCAUCGACAGGCACUACAGGGAUGUCCACCUGAGCCCCUCCGACUAUUUCGGGAAUCUCCUGGUCGGCCUGAAGCACUCCAGGAUGCAGAGCGACCAGUACAACAUGUUGUCCAUGAUAUCCGGGUCUGCCUCUAGAAACAGCUUGUUCCCCGUUCAGCCCUACCAGUACGGCACCUAUGCCUCGCCCUUCUACUUGACCGAGAGCAACAUGCUGAUCGUGCCCCUCUCCCUGCUGGGGCCACCGCUUUACACACCCCAGCAGCCGCAGAUACUCACGUACAGUUCGCUGGGCUUCGUCCUGGGCCACGAGCUGAGUCACGGCUUCGACCCCGAGGAUGUGGUCCUGAACUCCCGGGGCACGGCGAGUUCCUCAGUCAGGAGGGAGCUCAGGAAGAACCGGAGGUUUCAGCGCGAGCUGAACUGCCUGAAAGGCCAGUUCAAUAGUAGACUUAAUGAAAAGUUUGCAGACGCAAAUGGCCUAGAACUGGCCUACUCCGCCUACUUUGACACCGCCCAAACGGAUGGGAAAAGGGAUCGCAAGGUCAGGGACUCCACCGACCAGAAGCAGCAGUUCUUCAUCAACUUUGCCCAGUUCUUCUGCUCCGAUGCUGAUCUUUUGGAGGACAGUACGGACCAUGGCAGCGACAGGCGAAGGGUCAACGAUGCGGUUUUCAAUUUCCAUCCUUUUUUAGAGGCCUUCAGCUGUCGGAAAACGCAAAAUCGAAGACAGUGUCGGUUGUUUUAGUAUGAUAAAUACCCGUCUAUCCAUAAAUCGCCAUUAAAGAUAACAUAUGUUUUCGUUUCUUUUA